AACAGGCAGCAAAGUACCUUUGUUACAGCGUGCAAGUCUGCUCGAGCUGAUCAACCGCAUUGAUAUCAAAACACAGAACCAAGCAUACCUACCUAUGGAAGAUAUCAAAACCAUAUAUGUCAAUAUGCUUGGCACAGAAGGCUUAAAAAAUCACAUACCUUCAUUGAACAGAAAGUAGCUAAAAGAAAACGUCCUCAAUGCCUUGCCACACCUGAAGUCGUGUCUGCCAAAAAAUUUGAAGGAAGUCAGCUGUUCUCUAUUGCCCAAAGGCAUGCGAGAAAAGCAUGGUUCAUUCUGCGAUGGAAAGUCAUGAUAAUGAAGAGGACAACAUGGACACUAUCUACAGAGCAGCACACUUGAUAAGGAAAAGCACUGCAAACUUUACCAAAGCAGCUGACGAUGCAAACACCAUACAGGUCGCCAGUGACAUCCAUGACGUUCCAGUUGAACUGUAUACCAUGAUCCACUGGAUCAUGAUAGGACCUGCUGAGAGCCUACAAUCUCAAAGGAGGACCACAGCUGUUGAAAGAACAGCACUCACAGUAUCUGAUCAGAGGCCCCUGGGUAGUUGGACAGUAAAACAAGGUCAACGUAUCACUUGUCCUGCUGUGUCUAAUCAUAGAACUGGUGAAUAUGUUGUUGUACAUGAUGAAAAGGUGCUCAGGAUUUGGAAGAAUGAUGAUGUCAACUUUGAUAAAGUGUUUAAAGCAACGCUCUCGGCUGCCGUGUGUCGAGUCCACAGUCUUCCAGAUACAGAACCUCUCGUGUUGUUUCGGGGAGGAGCUGUCCACUUCUUGGAUGCUUUACUUGCAGAUCCGCAACAAGAAAUUGAAAGCUUUCUAACAGAAGGAGAGACAAUCGUGUGGUCAAAAAUGUUUUUGGAAGAUGGGCAGCCUAUAUUAAUCUACAUUACAGAAAAGCAUCAGGAUUGCUUUGUGCAUACAUGGAGAACUGGUCCUGGUGUCAGCCAGACGUAUAGACUACAGCCAUUCACAGAGGACUCCCGAGUGUUGGAUUUUGCAGCAUCUCUGACAAACAAAAUGGUGUCUCUAAUAAUGUUACUCUCCACAGGACAUGUGUGUCUUUCUUGGGUUUCUCUUGGGCACUCUGAGCAGAGGACAGAGUCAGUCCUGUCGACAUCAUCUCUACUGCAGCUGCCAGAACCCAUAGAAUCAGGAGCUUUAGUCGUUCUUGAUGAGUCUUACAUUGCCACACUCACUCUCUCCCCAGCAAAGCAGAAAGAUUGCCUUUGUAUAUGGAAUACAUCUUUGCAGACUUUGCAGGAUUCUAAGGAGUUUGUGCAGAAAUCAUUUGCUCAGCUCUGGAGUUACGAUAACAAACUGUACAUACCGCAUGGAAACUCGCUGCUAGUUAUACGGUACAUCUGUGAGCCAUCGUGUCUGGCGUCUGCAUUAGGAAAAGGCAUCGUUUUUGGGAAACCAGAUCUAGACCCUGUACCGGUUGUAAAUUGGGGAUUAUUGAUUGGAAAGACCACACAACCCAGACAUUUAGCAUCAAAGAAACUAUCCAGAGUGAAAAAGAAGCAAGACCACAAUGAGAACAGACGUCAGCUGCAAGAUCUCCUCUCUGAUAUCCCGACCACCUCGGAAAGCCAGAUUCCUUCUCUUGUUCAGUGUGCCAUAUCAGACCAGGAGCUGCCAGAGUUCCAGAUUAUUGCUGCUAAAAUGAUGCAAGGACUGAUAAAUCGCUGCAAGAGUGACACAAAGUUCUACCCUCAGAGUUCGAUUAUUAAACUCAUUGAGACUAAACAGCUGUCGUACAGCUUAUGCCCAGAUUUGAUGAUGUUUUGCCUGGAAAAGCAAGAUGUCCGUGUCCUACAGCUUUGCUUGCAGCAAUUCAUAGAUAUACCUGAAGCUGUUGUCUGCUCGUGUUUAAAAACAUUCCUCAGUGUUGAUGAAGAUACCCUACAAGAUGUGGUCCUGGACACAGUCUCAUCUGCGUGGUAUAUUCUUGUGAGUGACAACUCCAAUGUCCCGAUGGAACCAGAGCAAAGCACUGUGGUACAGAAUGGGUUCAGCCCCACACUGGUAGAGGAGAACAGCUGUGACAUUCAGAUUUUGGACAAGAUAAUUCAGAGACAAGAGACGCAGAGUUUUCCAGUCAGCCUUAAGCGAGCAGUAAUACUACACAGGAAUUCAGUCAUCACCUCCUUGUACAGCGAGACUUAUCUUCUGCCUCAUCUCAAGGAUCUCUCUUCCGACCAAGUCAUUCUGUUUCUGAGCUAUCUUUUCUACCUGUAUAAAAAGUGCAGUGAAAAUGUUGCAUUAAACCUUCCAGGAGAAGAGCAUCUGUCUGUCACACAGAUAUUAGAUUGGAUGAAUCUCCUGCUGGAUGCCAAUUUCACUGUGUUAGUUAUGUUGCCAAAAGCGAAACCACUGCUUCGUACCCUUCAAAAAUUUGUUAGAACACAGAUGAAGUUUUACUCUGAGCUCAACAAGAUUGAAGGAAGUUUAUCAGAAUUACAGAGAUUACAAAGGCCUUCAAAAAGCAUUGGCAGAUACUCCAUCGAAGUUCUGGAACUAUAUUAAUUUAAUGGACAUUGCUAUGUUUUGUAUUUUUUUUCCAACAGUUCUUUUUUUGACAUUUGGAAAACAUCACCGGCCUCCUGUAAAGUUAUCAGAUUAGGGGAAUGUACAAUGUAUUGACAAAUCUUUGUAAUGGUUAAAAAAAAAAAAAUCUAAUUUCUUAAUUUA